AUGCCUCGCUCGAUUUCCUCCUACUUCCCGAACAUCCCUCCGGACGAGGAUCAAAUUCCCACGGACCCGGCGGACCGUCCGACCUCGAUCUCGAUCUCGCGAACCGCUCCGCCGUCCCCUGCGGCCUUCCGACGAAGCCACAGUUUGCUGUCCGAAUCUCAUACUCGUUAUGAGUCGCUAGAUACGCCGCUAGAGGUUGGGGAGACCACCAGUCUUCUAGGGAAAUCACAGGAGAACCAGAAAGGGACUUUGCGACGGUCGUAUACCAAUUUGUCCGGUGGUUCGGGGGCCGAAAUUCCGUUUCGACAUUCGCUGCUCGCCGGGAGUCUGCGUCGAUCCCGACAUCAUAGUCGCGCCAACUCGCAGACCAUUCGCUUUAGUCGGCGGGGUAGUCUGGAUGCCGACCAGGCGGAUAGUCUCGUUGCGUCCGCCAAAGAUGGCAUGACGGCAUCGUUCCUGGACGAACGGACCUGGUACGACCAGUUCACCUCCACCGACUGGGUGCAUGACAGCAUUGCCGACGGAGCUAGACUGCGCGAACUGCGCAUGCGGAAGGAUGUCCGGGGGCGACUGCUCGCGUGGUUCGACGGAGCGCAGGGCUGGAUUCUGGUAGCGGUCAUCGGGUGCAUCACGGCGGCGCUCGCCUACUUCGUGGACGUCACCGAGGACUUUGUGUUUGACCUGAAAGAGGGCUUUUGCACGACGCAGUGGUUUCACAGCCGGCAGAGCUGUUGUCUAGGCGAGUCGAAUUGCGGGGCGUGGCGGCCAUGGUCGAGGAUGCUUCGGUCGUCGGAGACGGACAACCAGGGCGUGGACUUCGUUAUGUUCAUGUUCUGGGUGCUUUUUCUGUCGGUGAUCUCCUGCUUUCUAACCCUGCUUACCAAAACGGUGGUUCCCUCCUCCAUCUCGUUGACGACACUGGACGAGAAUCUGGGGGCUUCUUCGUCUCGCGGAACGAAACGCAAUGACGGCGCGGACUCGCCUGACCCGGCGGACCAUCCACAGCCCUACGGUCCGAUUCGCACUCGCCCGGACAUGGUGUACUAUUCCGCUGCCGGGAGUGGGGUGGCCGAGGUGAAGGUCAUCAACAGUGGCUUCGUGCUACACGGCUACCUCGGCUUCAAAACGCUGGUCAUCAAAACGAUUGCCCUGGUUUUCAGUGUUUCUUCCGGUCUCAGUCUCGGCAAGGAGGGUCCGUACGUGCAUAUUGCCACGUGCGUAGGGAACAUCUGCUGUCGACUGUUUGCCAAAUACAGCCACAACGAUGGCAAGCGACGAGAGGUGCUGAGUGCGAGUGCUGCGAGCGGCGUGGCGGUUGCCUUUGGGGCUCCGAUCGGCGGUGUUCUUUUCAGUUUGGAAGAAGUCAGCUACUAUUUCCCCCCAAAGACCCUUUUCAGGACGUUCUUCUGCUGUAUCGCGGCGGCACUGUCUCUCAAGUUUCUGAAUCCGUAUGGCACGGGGAAGAUCGUUCUCUUCCAGGUGCGGUAUCUGGGCGACUGGGAGCUCUUUGAGAUGGCGAUCUUCAUCUUCCUUGGCGUGUUGGGAGGUGUCUUGGGCGCUCUCUUCAUCAAGGCGUCCAGCCUGUGGGCCCGAUCCUUCCGACGAAUCCCCAUCAUCAAGCGCUGGCCGAUGCUUGAGGUCGUGCUCGUAGCGCUGCUCACCGGAGUGACCAGCUUCUGGAACCGAUAUACCAAGCUUCCUGUUUCGGAGCUCCUGUUUGAACUGGCAAGUCCGUGUAAGCGCGAAUCCACAUCGCGCACGGGACUGUGUCCGGGCGAGGACGGCAUCGGCGAGAUCAUCAGCUAUCUUCUAGUGGCGUUUGUCAUCAAGAGCCUUCUCACCGUGGUGACUUUUGGUAUCAAGCUUCCGGCCGGAAUCUACGUGCCGUCCAUGGUGGUUGGUGGUCUCAUGGGACGAAUCGUAGGACAUGUGGCGCAGUAUCUGGUGGUGAAAUAUCCCAGCUUUUUCUUAUUCGGCUCGUCGUGUCCCGCCACCUCCGGCAUGGAAUCCUGCGUGACCCCGGGUGUUUACGCCAUGGUGGCUGCCGGAGCUACGAUGUGCGGUGUGACUCGGUUGUCCGUGACAUUGGCAGUCAUUCUGUUCGAGCUGACCGGCAGUCUGGACCAUGUGCUGCCGUUUUCGCUGGCCGUUCUGUGCGCCAAGUGGACGGCCGACGCGAUCGAGCCGCGCAGUAUCUACGAUCUCCUAACCGACAUGAACUCCUACCCAUUCUUGGAUAACAAGAUCCAGGUGGUCUCCGACGCCGCCUUAGGUGACAUCGUGCGCCCUGUCCGCAAGAGCCGGGUCAUCGAUAUUUCCGACUCGCCGUUCGUCGCGGCCACAGAGCUUCGCUCGAAACUGCAGAACCUGCUCGUGGCAGGCGAACUCGACAGCGGACUUCCCAUUUUGCGGGAUAAUAUCCUCACGGGACUGAUUCCCGCGCCGGAGCUCGAGUUCGCCUUGGAUGACUUGGAGGAUGAGGACAACACAUUAUGUCUGAUGGCGCUGGACGCGUCUUCCGUUCUAUCGGACGACGAAGGGGAGUCGGAUCAUGUGAAUUUCGGACAGUACAUUGAUCCCGCCCCUAUCUCUCUUGACAUCCACUCUCCCAUCGACCUUGUUUACCAAUGCUUUGCGAAGCUGGGUCUGCGGUAUCUGUGCGUUCUUCAGAACGGGCAGUACGCGGGACUGGUGCAUAAGAAGGCAUUUGUGAAGUUCAUGAAAGAGAACGAGUAG